AUGCUGACCGCUCUGAGAGACUCCCUGCUGCUAGUGCUCGCCUGCACCGGCCUGGCGCUGGCCCAGAACGACACCGAGCCCAUCGUCCUGGAGGGCAAGUGCCUGGUGGUGUGCGACUCGAACCCGUCGUCGGACGGGGCGGUCACCUCCUCGCUGGGCAUCUCCGUGCGCUCAGGGAGCGCUAAGGUGGCUUUCUCCGCCGUCCGCAGCACGAACCACGAGCCCUCCGAGAUGAGCAACCGGACCAUGACCAUCUACUUCGACCAUGUCUUAGUUAACAUUGGGAACCACUUCGACACAAGGUCCGGCACUUUCGUGGCGCCGAGGAAGGGCAUUUACAGUUUCAGCUUUCACGUGGUCAAGGUGUACAACCGACAGACGAUCCAGGUCAGCUUAAUGCAAAACGGCUGGGCUGUCAUUUCUGCUUUCGCCGGGGAUCAAGAUGUGACCCGGGAGGCCGCCAGUAACGGAGUGCUGCUGAACAUGGAGAGAGAGGACAAAGUCUAUUUAAAGCUCGAGAGAGGCAACUUAAUGGGAGGAUGGAAGUACUCGACGUUUUCUGGCUUUUUGGUAUUCCCUCUAUAAAAGGGAGAUGCCAAUCCAUUUUUUUUCUCCCUGAGGACCAACUCUCCCGUGUACAUGACCGCUAUUUGCAACGGAACCAGAUUAUUAGACCAAAAAAAACCCCAUCCAAACUGCUAAGUAGGGGCAGACUAACCUACCGAUUAGAAUAAUUUCUUUGAAUGCUGACAAUCGCCUUGGCCAGCGUGGUCCGAAGUAGUUCUGGCGACAGGUGCUCUCUAUAGGAAUAUCAAGUGAAUUUAUUGACAGCGACAGACUACUGGCGAGACAAAUCAAGCUGGAUUUUCUCACGGGCGGAUAUCACUGAUCUAAAGAAACCGAAUCGUGGUGGACUUUGCUGGGUUGAAACAACCGUAAUUUAAACACACACAAAAAAAUACAAGUUAGAGAUUUUUUGUUUGUUUGAUUUCAAUGUUCUAGCAAUGCUUUCUUUCGUGUUCGUAUUUAGUCUUAAGUAAAGAAC